CGAAGGUAUUCGAUUAAGUUUGUCCCUUCUCGCAUGCGGUAGCUCACGAACCCAACCUCCUGUUUUAAAAUGUGUGUAGCUAACGUUGACUUAGGUUGCUAAUGAAUCAAUUAAUUCGUCUGUAAUGUUUAUUCUAUAGCUGCUAGAUUAAUCUUUUACAAGAGUUAUGUUCGCAUUUUGCUAAAGAUCCGUCUACUAUUUACACAAUAAACUGUUAGUUAGAAGAGCUAGGAACCAUAGCUGGUAUUAGCUGUAACGCUAGCGAAAGCACUAGCAGUCAACCAAGGGAGUUUUACAUUCGAGUUUUAUCGGUUAGAUAAUACGAGUUACUAGUUACUAAACAUGUCGGCGGAUAAUGACAAGAAACGCAGCAAAAAGCGAUACGCUUCUAGCCGCGGGAAUAAGCGCUAUAAGGGGUGUAGGGAGUUGGAGGUGGGCAUGCAAGGGAUAAUUAUCACGUGUAACAUGAAUGAAAAGAAAUGCACUUCGGAGGCAUACAGCCUGCUAAACGAGUAUGCCGAUAAACUGUACGGACCCGAGAAGAUAGAAGAUUGUGACGGAAGUAACAGCGAAGAGGAAGAUGAUGCAGAAGCAGCUCUGAAGAAGGAGGUUGCUCAGCUCAAAAAAAAGGGGAAAGGGGAGAAGCGCUUCCAGGCUCUGGACAGUGGAGCGAACAAUGUUGUAUUCAUUAGGACCCACAAUGUGGAACCUGACAAGUUGGUACAUCACGUCCUGUCUGACCUCCAUGCCACUAAGAAGAAUAAGUCCCGCAACAUUCUCAGGAUGCUUCCAGUCAGUGGAACAUGUAAGGCCUUCCAGGAAGACAUGGAUAAGUAUCUGAUCACGUUCCUGGAGCCGUGGUUCAAACCCCCCAAUCAUGCCACCUUCCAGAUUGCCUUCAAGGCGCGAAACAGCAGCCAUAACAAGCGGGAUGACAUCAUCAAAGCCGUUGCAGGCCUGGUGGGGAAGAUGAACCCAGAGAACAAGGUUGAUUUGACCAACCCUGAGCUUACCAUCAUCGUCGAGGUCAUCAAGACGGUGUGCUGCCUCAGCGUGGUGCCAGACUACGCCCUCUACAGGAAGUAUAACCUGCAGGAAGUUGUCAAAGAGGACACUCCAAAGGCCGAUGCUGCUGACAAGAGAGCAGACCAGAAGGCGACCGACCAGGGCGACAGCGCAGACGUUGUUAAAGCAGAAGAACAGACUGAUAAACAAGCAGAGGACAUUAAAGUGCCCGAAAAUGACAAAUUGGUUGAGGCGGCGACAGAAGAUAAGAAGUGAUCAUUUAAGGGAGAGGGACAAUUUUAUUUUAACAUUGAAGGUUGUAGAAACCAAGACAACAUUUUCAGCCCCUUGUUAUUUCUUUUUUUAUUACAAAGCUGUUAGUAAAUCAUUUGAACAGGUUUUUCCUACAUCAAUAGUUUUCUCUGUGUGUGUGAUUAUUUUGGUUUAUACCCUUGAAACCUCUGUACAUUUUGUGUGUGAUAGUGUAGUUUACCAAAAGGUAACUCUAAAAUUAAAGAGGCUUUUAGUUUGA